AUGGCAGCUUCUAGAAAAUCAAGAAGCGCAGUAAUUGGAUCCCUCUCUUCUACCCCUAGGUUCUACAACUCUCACUUUCACUCUCACACUACAUCAUCUCCUCCUUCUUCUUCUUCUUCAUCAGCUUUUGCCUCUUCCACUUCCAGCUUCUCUUCUCGUCCAACCACCUUUUUUCACCGCUCUUCUUCUCCCACACGUGUCAACCUCUACGGUUCCUCUGCUCCCUCUGUGCGGUUCUCUCUCGACCGCUCCGUCUCCCCGAACCGCUCCAUCGCGGUCGCUCCGCGAACCGGCGCGUCCAGACAGGGAAGCAUUAACCCGCACCAGCCGAAGCGGACGUGCAUGUGCUCACCUACUACGCACCCUGGCUCCUUCCGCUGCAGCCUCCACAAGAAAAGCCACGUGCCGGCGCCGUACUCGCCAAAUCGCCUCAACGCGCGCAGAUCCGCGAUGACUAACUCGCUCGUGAGAAUCCGUGGCGUCGAGGGAGAUCUCGUCAAGCGAGCUCUCUCCGCGUUGAUUCGACCUUCUUCUCAUCAGCAGAGACGGCGUGGAGACUUUCACCCGAGGCCGAGCAGGCUCUCCGUCAUGACUAAAGCAGAGGAACUUUGA